CCCUCUCUUUUCUGAAAAAUAAUAUUAUUCACUGCAUAUGCACCCAGUCCAUAUGGUAACUCCUCUCUCUUUCUCUGGAAGUUGUAAAUAAGCUCUGAUCAUGUUUGGAGAGAAAGUUCUGGACUUAGUCGGGGAAUUAAAACGAGCCAGGCCUGGGACCAUACCUCCUUACAAUGAAGAUUUAACAAGACAGGUAAUCGAAGAAAUGCGUGUGCUCUUUGAAGAGAACCUCACCGAUGUCAGUGAAGCUGCAAGCGAAAAAGAAAAAGCAACGCCUAAACCUGAACUCUACCCUAGUAUACACCUCCGUCACGUCUGCCUUGAGAGAAACCAGCGUGGGCUACUCCUAUACAAUUACAACCGACUCGUCAAACUGAGGGAUCUCCGCUGGGAACUGGGCUCCAUACUACCAGACGAGUUUAGAUUGAGUCUCUCGGAGCAAGAGGUCCAAUGGUUUCAACGCUACAACAGGAGUCUGGCCAAUUACAUGCGAUCGGUCGGAGGGGGAGUACUCGACUUAACCGAGUACACCCAACCACCAAAGACCCUCCACAUUGAGGUACGGUGCCUAGAGGACUAUGGCGACUUAGAGACAGACAAUGGAACUGUGGUACAAUUAAAGAAAGGCCGUCAUUAUUAUCUACUGAGGUCACAGUGUGAACAACUCAUAAGACAAGGGAUACUUGAACACAUUCAGUGAAAUAUUUUGACAACUAUUGAUCA